GUAUAAUUACAGGGCGCGGGCUCGCGCUGUCACUAAAAAAAAAGAAGAGAGACAAAGACACUUGUUUCCUGCACACCAAUUGGAGGGCUUCUUGUAUCUUGACAUCUUCUCCAACAUGUUGCCUCGGCUUGCCCCGAUCCUGCUCGGCGCCGCCACCUUGGCAGCAGCCAGCCACGAUGCUUCAUCGCCAUACAUCUCCAAGUCGCGAUUCGACGGCGUCUCCUGGGACGUCCGCAAUUGGCGUCUGUCCAGCACCGUCCUCGACCAAGGCCACUACCAGGCCCGCGGCGCCGUCGCCAACGGCUACAUUGGCAUCAGCGUCGCCAGCGCUGGUCCCUUUUUCGAGCGCGAGGUUCCUGUCAACGGCGACGUCAUCUCCGGAUGGCCGCUCUUCUCGGAGCGCCUGUCGUUUGCCGGUCUCGCGGGCUUCUGGGACGAGCAGCCGCGCACAAAGGGCUCCAACUUUGACUGGCUCUACCAGUACGGCGGCGAGAGCUUCAUCUCUGGUCUGCCGCACUGGGCGGGCCUGAUUCUUGAUUUAGGCAACGGGCAGUACCUCGAUGCCACGGUCAACAACUCGACCAUUUCCCGAUUCCAGACUACCUACGACUACAAGGAGGGCAGUCUGCACUGGAAGUACCGCUGGACGCCGAGCAAGUGCAGCGCGGGCGCGUUUGACGUGUCGUACCAGAUCUUUGCGCACAAGCUUGAGAUUAACAAGGCCGUGGUGCGCAUGAGCAUUACCCCGUCCAAGGACGUCAAUGCUACCGUGGCCAAUGUGCUUGACGGCGCGUCGGCGGUGCGCACCUCGUUUCUGGAGUCGGGGGCGGACGGCGACGCUAUUUACACGGGUGUGAGCCCGCUUGGUGUCGAUGUCAAGGCGUACAUUUACUCUGUGCUAGAUGGCGAUGCUGAUUUGGCAUCGGCCCAGAAAAUUGCGGAUAAGCCGUACAUUCACGGCAACGAGUCGACGAUUGCGCAGGCUGUCAAUGUGCAGCUGCAGGCCGGCAAGACAACCACGCUAACCAAGUUUGUGGGCAUCGCAUCCACCGACGCCUUUGCCGACGCCAAGGCCACCGCCCGCAAGGCUGCCCACGAUGGCAAGCAGCAAGGCUUCGACAAUCUGCUGCGCACGCACGUUUCCGAGUGGGCGCAGGUGAUGCCCGUCGAGUCGGUCGAUGAUUUCUGCUACGAGAAUGGCACGCUGCCUGCCGACGACUACAUUGUCGACCAGUCCAUUACUGCCGUGGUCAACCCGUACUAUCUGCUGCAAAACACCGUCUCGGCCAAUGCCCUGACAAAGGUCGACCAUGCCAAGGUCAACGACUACUCUAUUUCUGUCGGUGGUUUGACGUCGGAUGCCUAUGCCGGUAUGGUCUUUUGGGACGCCGAGACCUGGAUGCAGCCCGGUCUGGUGGCCGCGUUCCCGGAGUCGGCGCGCCGCAUUGCAAACUACCGUGUUGCGCUGUACGACCAGGCCAAGGAGAAUGUCAAGACCAAAUUCGUCGGCUCGCAGAAUGCAACCUACUUUGACGAGAGCGCCGCCUUGUACCCGUGGACCAGUGGCCGCUCUGGUAACUGCACGGGCACCGGACCCUGCUUCGACUACGAGUACCAUCUCAACGGCGACAUUGGCAUUGCGCUGGUCAACCAGUGGAUCACGAGCGGUGACGAUGAUACGUUCAAGGAGGAUUAUUUCCCAAUUUAUGAUUCCGUGGCCACCGCGUACGGCAAUCUGCUGGCAAAGAACGGCACCAAGUGGACGCUGACUAACAUGACGGACCCUGAUGAGUACGCAAACCACGUUGAUGCCGGCGGCUUCACCAUGGCCCUCAUGGCGCAGACCAUGCUCAACGCCAACAAAUUCCGCAAGCAAUUCGGCAAGGCCCCCAACGACACAUGGACCAGCAUGGCCGCUGACGUCCUCAUUAUCCGCCAAAACAACAUCACCCUCGAGUACACCACCAUGAACAACAGCGUGGCCGUCAAGCAGGCCGACGUUGUCCUCAACGCCUUCCCUCUCGAUCUGACCUCCAGCUAUGGCCCCGGCGAAGCCCUCAGCGACCUCGACUACUACGCUCUCAAGCAGUCCCCCGACGGCCCGGCCAUGACCUACGCCAUCUUCUCCAUCGUCGCCAACGACGUCUCCCCCUCCGGCUGCUCCGCCUACACCUACGCGCAGUACUCGUACUCGCCCUACGCCCGCGCCCCCUUCUACCAGCUCUCCGAGCAGCUCAUCGACGACGCCUCCAUCAACGGCGGCACGCACCCCGCCUUCCCCUUCCUCACGGGCCACGGCGGCGCCAACCAAGUCGCCCUCUACGGCUACCUCGGCCUGCGCCUCAUCCCCGACGACACCCUGCACAUCUCGCCCAACCUGCCCCCCCAGAUCCCGCGCCUCCGCUUCCGCACUUUCUACUGGCGCGGCUGGCCCAUCACCGCCCAGGCAAACUACACACACACCACGAUUGCCCGUGCAGUCGAUACCCAGGAGCUCGAUACCGCCGACCAAAAGUACGCCAACGCCUCUAUCAAGGUGCAAGUCGGCAGCACAGGCGCCGCCACACACGAGCUCAAGGUCGACGGCACGCCGCUCGUCAUUGAGAACCGCAAGACGGGCUCCCUGGCGACUGUCAACGGCAACAUUGCGCAGUGCCAGCCGGCCAAGUCGGCGGGCGAGUUUGUCCCCGGUCAGUUCCCCAUGAGCGUGGUUGACGGCGCCGCCUCGACAAAGUGGCAGCCGCUGCAUGCUGAUAAGGCGGCGUCGGUGACGGUCGCUCUGCCGCCUACGGAGAAGGGCAUCACGGGCUUCUUCUUUGACUGGGCCCAGCAGCCGCCUGUCAAUGCGACCGUUGUGCUGCACGACGAUGAGACGGCGGAUAUUGCUACUGCCGCUGCGGACCGUGUCUACUCGUUCAAUGUCAAGAUCUCGAGCCCGUAUAAUGCGCAGGCGAAUGAUAAUGAUAUUCACUUAGAGCCUGGCAACAGCUCGACGGUCACGUGGGCCGCCAAGAGCGCAAAGUACGCUACGCUCUGGGUGGAGGGCAACCAGGCGCUGGCUGCCCGCGAGGUGCAGUAUAAGAAUGGCACGGGCGCUACUGUGGCCGAGUUUGCCGUCUUGGUGUAAUGGUUUGGCAGUACAAGUGUAAAUACUGUGUCUAUUAAUUUAUGUGUAUUUUUGAAGUAAUUGUCUUGAGCGUGUGUGUGUGUCGCUGUGACUCUAUUAAAGCUAACGGUUCAAAAUAAAUGAUUAGAAUUACUGGCUUUGUAGCUGGUGGUGCUAUCUUUACAGA